AAAACAAAAGAUGAAUAGAUCAAAAGCGAGAAAAGCUAUGAGUAGCAUGCCGCUUUUAGGCUGGAAGCUGUGACCCAACCAACCAUACCUUUCAACAGUCAUUCCUAUAUUGUAUAUUAUAUUCUUAGUAUUCAGGGGAAAAAAAAGAGUUGGAUAAAAAGUCCAAGAGCCAUUGCUUUUCUUGGUUUUCAAGAUCAUCUCAAAGCUGCCUUUUCUUUUCAUUGUUCUUAUUUGGGUUUUAGAGAUCUGAAUUAGAUUAAAGCUCCAAUUUUCGUAGUUUCUUCCAAAUGGGUUCCUCAGAUCGAUUGUUUAACAGGCAAAGAACAAUUCAUGAGAUCCUCGGAGGAGGUCUAUUUGCAGAUGUGAUUUUGUGGAGACAAAAGAAUCAGACAGUUGGGAUAUUGUUAGUAACUCUAGCAGCUUGGGUGGUUUUUGAGAAAUCUGGUUAUACUUUGCUGUCGUUGGUCUCUUGUGUUCUUCUCCUCCUCAUUGUCAUUCUCUUCCUGUGGGCAAAAUCUGCUGCAAUUCUUAACAGACCAGCUCCGCCACUGCCGGAAUUGCAUUUGUCGGAAGAAAUGGUAAAUGAAGCGGCAUCAUUCAUCCGCACUCAUGUAAAUACUUUGCUAUCAGUUUCCCAGGACGUUGCUCUCGGUAGAGACUCGAGGUUGUUCUUCAAAGUAGCUGGAUAUCUAUGUCUGAUAGCUUUUGUUGGUCGUAUGACUGAUUUUCUUACUUUGGCUUACACCAGUCUUGUCAUUAUUUUAACAAUUCCAGCUCUCUAUGAGAGAUUUGAAGAUCAUAUCGACAAGUAUAUCAUCUUGGAGUACAGGAAAUUGCAGCAACUGUAUGUUUUCGUGGAUGAGAAGUGUGUCAGCAAGGUCCAAAAAUGGGUUCUGGAAAAGAGAAAACUAAGUUGAUCUCAACCUCUCAAGUUCUGUAUAUUUUCACUCUCCUUUUCGUUCGUUUUUUUUUUUUUUUGGGCGGAAAUUUACGACGAUGCUAAGAAUGCCAUGAAUCAACAUGAUGGGUUGAGUGUGCGAUGUUGCCUCUUUGUUCUUUUGGAAAACA